AUGCCUACAGAGAAAGUCAUCAUCAUCACUGGUGGCGCUUCAGGAAUGGGUUUGGCUGUUGCCAGAUCGCUAGCCACAGCCGGUUGGAGAGUUUAUAUUCUAGAUCUCAACGAAACUGCCGGUGCAGCUGCCGUCCAUGAGAACCCAGAACUCCGGUUCACUCAAACUGACGUCAACUCUUUCCAAUCUCUAUCUUCUGCCUUUGACAAUAUCUUCAAAGCUGAAGGUCGACUUGAUGUGGUGUUUGCCAAUGCUGGCAUUCUUCAGAACGACAACUUUUACGAGAAAGCAAGCUUCCUGCCCCCGCCAGAACCACGCCAACUGAGCAUUGACAUCAACCUGAAAGCCGUCAUCAACACUUCGUAUCUUGCACGACAGUAUUUCCUAGCCUCCGGAAACCUUUGCCAAGAUCCCGUUCUGAUAAUGACAGCCAGCAUUGCAAGCUUUUAUGCUCAAGAGUUUAAUCCUCUAUACACAGCCUCCAAAGCUGGUGUACUUGGAUUCAUGCGAUCGGUGGCUUAUCCAUUUUUCAAGGACGGCAUUCGAACAUAUGCCAUUUGCCCUGGGACUAUCCGCACAAACCUACUGACGAGCGAGAUGUGGAGGGCGUUCCCGGCUGAGCAGUUGACCCCAGUUGAGACCGUGGUUUCCACCGUUCAAUAUCUUAUCGAUGGCGGAACUAUCACUGAUUCCAAAGGCAGAAAAGUAGCCGAGGAUGAAAAUUAUGGGUUAGCGGUCGAGAUCUUUGGCGAGAGUAUCUUUAUC